GAACGACGAUAUCGACAAUCGUGAAAAAUAAAGACAUUAUUAAAUUUGCUAACAUUGCGAAAAGAGUUAAAUCAAUUUCUAAACAGAGAUUGAAGACAUUAGAUCAUGUUGAGAAAUUGGUUUUGCUUUGGAUAAUUGAAAAACAGUGUUCUGGCAACAGUGUAUCAGAAGCAAUUAUUUGCGUGAAAGCUAAAAAGAUACAUGCUGAUCUCAUGAAAAAUCAAGUAGUAACUAGCCAGGAAACCGAGGUGUAUAAAGCCAGCGAUUUUUUUUACAUGAGAACGGAUUAAUCAUUUUUACAUUACUUCUUAUGGGAAAGGUUGGUUUGGUAUACGUCCUAUUUGGUAUAAGUCCAAACACCAGGAACAGAUUAAGGUCGUAUACUGAGGUUCCACUGUAUUUGGACCAUAGAAAAAGUCGGUCUGUGUGUUAUUCAUGUAGGCAUGGAUCCAUACAGUAUAUAAAUUUACAGGUUACAUUUCAUACAGUAUAGAAAUUACUUUCAACAAUGAAGAUAAUUAAAUUGUAAUUAUAACGAUACAAUAGGUAAUCUACUUAAAUUAUAAAUAGUUUUUUAAAUAUUAAUUAACUUAAAUCUGUGAAAAACAAAAUUUGAAAUAUUUCAGCAUAUUUAUUAAAAAAUUUUUUUAGAUCAUUUUUGCAAGUUAUAUAUACAGAUGAUGAAUCUACUAAUACUAAAUCUGAAGAAACAGAUCCAUCUUUAAUUCCCUCCACUCAAAUAAAGGAAGAAGUUAAUGAAAACAAUGAAACUGUAGAGCCUAAGAACACUGAAUGUGAACUUCCUGUACCAUUAGAUCAGUUGAAACAAGAAGUUGAUUUUGAUGAAAGUAGGACUGAAGAAAUAGACCAGUUUUUCCCAAUUUCCUGUAAUGAUAUUAAAAAAGAGUUAGACAUUGAAAUUGAAGAAAACUAUAAUAUUAAUUAUGGUGAUGAUGAUGACAAUAAUAAUAAUGAUGGUAACAAUAACAGUAAUUCUAAUGAACCAGUUAAGAAGAAAAAUGAAAAUGUAUAUUAUGAUGUUUUAAAAGAAAGAGAACGUAGUUUGAAACUCAUUAUGGACAAAUUUCCUUAUGCUGAUAUAAUGGAAAUGCAAGAUAUACUUCUGUUUUCUGAAUGGAAUGUUCAACAAGCAAUUGCUUUUGUGCAAGAACAUCGCUCUCCAUUCACAUAUGGAAGGAAUUCAUAUAAUUCAGAUGAUAUGAAAUAUAAAAGACGUAGAGUAAAUAAUUAUGUCAAUAUUGGAUUAGAUGAAGAUUCACAUGAAGUGACUAGUGAUGGAUGGUUGGCAAGAGCAAACAAAGAAACAUUAAAAACAUACAGCAAAAACAUAUCUGAAAGAAAAGUUGUUCAUUCUAACACUAAGCCUAUAGUUUUUUAUGGCAGCAAAGAGAGAGCAAGAAUCAAAAGACAAGUUGAAAAUUUUAUUUUAAAACAAAAUAACAAGCCAAGCUUAAAUGAAUAUCAUUCACAAGACAAUAGUAAAACAGAUAAUUCAUUGCAAGAAAUUCACAUCAAAGUAGAAAAAUGAAUUUUUUCAGUUUUUGAACCGUAUUCACUUUAAAUACAGUCACAUUACAAUUUUGAAUUUUACAAGAAAGAAUUUUAUGGAAAGCUAAGUUAGUUAAUAAAAAGUUUAUAUGUCAACUGUUUAAUAACAAUUCUAAAAAAUAAAGAUGAUAAAAAUGUUUUAUAAGAAUGAUCAUAAUUAUAUGAUGUUGAAUUUGUAAUAACUUAUAUUAAUAUAAAAUUUAUAAGUAUUAUUAAUUGUUGACAAUUGGUUAAAUUAGUAUGAAUAUGUAUCAGAAAUUAAAAAUUGUAUUUUAUAAAGAGAGAUGAUGUAAUUAAGAAUUAUUGUAAAUUUUCAUUGUAGGUGUAACAUAUAUAUAUAUAUAUAGCACAAAAAUUAUGUAUUACACUCAUAUUACAGUAAACUAUAUAUUUGUGAAUAUAAUUUCUACAUUCAAUAACAAUUUAGAAUUAUACUGUAUUGGUCUGAACAUUAGUCAAUCUUUUUUCUCAGUUUUUAAAGGAGCAAAAAAUUGCUCUUGCUGUAUUUGAGUCUUGAUUUAUAUUAAGAUCCCAAUAAAGUUUUUCAAUUUCAAUAACUUUCUGUA